AUGGCCCUUGUGGCGAGCUUAAUAAAAAAAUGCGCGUGCAUGAAAAACAAUAGGUGCUCAAAAUUCUUCCCUAAGGGUUACGAAGCAAGCACAGUAGUGGGUGAGGAUGGUUUCUUGCAGUACAGGCGCUGGGCUGAGGCUGCAAAUUUCGUUGAGCGAUACGGAAUCAGGCUUGAUAAUGGGUGGGUUGUCCCCUAUAAUUUGGCAGUAUUGAAACGGUUUAGGGCCCAUAUAAAUGUGGAGUGGUGCAAUAAAACCCAUCUAAUCAAAUACCUGUUUAAGUAUAUUACAAAAGGUCCAGACCGUGCUAGGGCUGUCAUCGAGACCUUUGGAGCUGGUGUGUCCUGUUGUGAUUCCCAUGGUGAAGCCAUUAGCAGCCUUGGUGACCAGCCAGUAAAUGCGCAGAAGCACCCUGAUGAUGUUGACGAGGUCCGGGAAUACAUUGAUUGUCGCUAUUUAUCCUCCCACGAGGCUAUCUGGCGUAUGUUCAAAUUUGAUAUCCACUUUAGGACGCCAGCAGUGGAAAGGUUAGCUAUGCAUCUUCCCUUGAUGAAUAGUGUUGUGUACCCAGCUGACCAGCCAUUGGCCAAUAUUGUAGAUGACCCUCGUUACAUGCAGACAACAUUAACAGAGUGGUUUACUGCUAAUACGAUUUUCCCAGCUGCUCGAGAGUUAACAUACAUAGAAUUCCCAACAAAAUGGGUUUGGAAUAGAAAGGCUAAGGCAUGGCAUUCACGUAAGGGAUCUAGAAAGAUCGGCAGGGCUAUAUAUAUCAAUCCUAGCUGUGGUGAGCUCUACUACCUCCGUAUGCUUCUGAAUGUUGCCAAGGGUGCUACAUCGUAUGAGGACCUUCGUACAGUUAGUGGUGUCCUGCACCCAACGUUUAAGGAUGCGUGUCAAGCUGCUGGACUUCUUGGUGACGACAAUGAGUGGCGUGAAUGUCUCAAGGAAGCAUCUGUUUGGGGUACAGCUUCUCAAAUGCGCCAGUUGCUUGUUACUAUAAUACUUUUUUGCUCUGUUUGUGAUGCACCUUCUUUAUUUUCUGAGUUCUAUACGUACUUCACUGAUGAUAUACACCAUAAAAUUAGAAAGAUGGUAGGCCUGCCUCGUUAUAAAGUGCCAGAAGAACAUCUGAGAAAUCAUAUCCUACUUGAACUCGAUAGAUUGUUUGUCAAGAAUGGUGCCUCAAUGACUGAUUAUGGCCUACCAAAUCCUGAUCCAACCCUUUGCAGCAAGAUGAAAAAUAGAUUGAUGGCUGAGGAAUUAGCUUACGAUAGUGAAAUGCUCUUGCAUGUGCAUGAAACUCUCAUUAACCAAUUAAACUCUGAACAGAGGCAUAUAUAUGAUGUUGUCAUACAGUCAGUUUAUGGGAAAACUGGUCGAUGCUUUUUUGUAUAUGGGUAUGGUGGAACUGGGAAGACAUUUCUUUGGAAUGCAAUCAUUUCACUCUUGCGAUCGGAGAAACACAUUGUUCUUGCUGUAGCUUCAUCAGGGGUUGCUGCGCUCUUGCUCCCAGGAGGCCGUACUGUGCAUUCUCGAUUUAAAAUUCCCAUUGUUAUUGAUGAGUCGCCGAUGUGUGAUAUUAAAAGGGGUACUUUCCUUGCUGAUUUAAUAGUGCAGAGUUCUCUGAUAAUAUGGGAUGAGGCUCCUAUGACUCACCGCCAUUGUUUUGAGUCGUUGGAUCGUAGUAUGCGUGACAUUCUUGGUCAAUUGGACUCCUCAAAUUCUGACUGGAUGUUUGGUGGGAAGACAAUGUUACUUGGUGGAGAUUUCCGGCAAGUGCUGCCCGUAGUUGAGGGUGGUAAUAGGCUAGACACAAUUGAUGCAUCAAUCACCAACUCUUAUUUGUGGGACCAUGUUAAGAUACUAAAACUUACAACCAACAUGCGCAUAAUUGGGAUGGGGAGGAGUGGUUUAGCAGCUAAGGAGGUGAAAGACUUCAGUGACUGGGUAUUGAGUGUUGGUGAUGGUACUGCAAAAGGUACCGUUGAGAUUGAUGACGGGGACUCGGAGCUGAUUGAGAUACCAAGUGACAUCUUAGUCCCAAGACUAGAUUCUGCUAUCGAUGAUAUUAUAAGUUCUACUUAUCCCAACUUGGAGGCAUCAUAUUCAGACCCAACCUACCUGAGGGAAAGGGCUAUUAUAGCUCCAAAGAACGACACCAUCGACAAAAUUAAUAGCCGUAUUCUUUCUUUAGUUCCAGGCAAUGAAAAAGUAUACCUCAGCUCAGAUACAUUGGUUGAAUCCUCAAAGGAGAAUGGUAAUCUAGACUUGCUUUACCCUGUUGAGUUCUUAAAUUUGCUCCAAUUUAAAGGUAUCCCUCAUCACAAGCUUAUGCUUAAGGUUGGCUCCCCUGUCAUGCUACUGCGCAAUUUAAAUCAAAGCGCUGGCCUUUGCAAUGGUACACGUCUUAUAAUAACACAGUUAGGUGCUCGGGUAUUGGAGGCUCAAAUUAUAAUUGGAUCACACAUUGGUGACAAGGUACUUCUUCCUCGGAUUGCCUUGCAUGUAUCAAGCACUAAAUGGCCAUUUGUUCUUAGUAGGCGGCAAUUUCCAGUUCGUUUGUGUUAUGCAAUGACCAUAAACAAGAGCCAAGGGCAAACUUUGCAGAAUGUUGGCCUAAACUUGCCACGCCCAGUUUUCUCCCAUGGUCAGCUCUACGUUGCUAUAUCACGUGUAACAUCUAGGAAGGGCCUUAGGAUCCUAAUUGACGAUGAUACAGACCCAAAUACCAAUGCUACCCAAAAUAUUGUCUACAAAGAAAUCCUCCGAUCCCUUUGGUAA